AUGUCAUUUCCUGUAGUUUUCAUGCAGAAUAUUUUUUUUCUCUAUCUUGCCUCCCACUACUACUACUGGCCUUUUUAUAUAAAAAGUGUUGUCUACUCAGUACUUAGUAUUUCUAAACUUGCAUUCAUCUCAUUAAAAUCCAUAUUGCCUGACACCAACGAAAGUAUGCGUCAAUCCACCUUAUUCAUUUUAUCUCUCGCUAUCAUACAAUUAAGUUAUGCAUGUUAUAUUACUAAUUGUCCGAUUGGCGGCAAGCGAAGUUUAUUUGCCAGUAGUAUUCUUCAUGAUCAUCAAUGUCCACGUUGUGGAGCCAACGGCCAAUGUUAUGGAUCAUCGAUUUGUUGCACAAGCUCCGGUUGUCGAAUUGGACAUCGGUCAGACAUUCGUCAAUGUUCAAUUGAAGAUCAUAGUGUGAUCCCAUGUACUAUCAAAAGUGCAUCUUGUUCAGUAUUACCCAAUGGUCAAUGUGCCGCAAAUGGCGUUUGCUGUAACACGGAAUCGUGCCAAAUGGAUGAAACUUGCUCAAUGUCAUCAAAUCAAAAUGAUGAUAGUUUACAAGAACAAUCACACGUGUUAUAA